CUAUUUUAAAUCUGUAUCGAUUUUUGACCAAUCAUAUUGUAAUGCAUAUGCAAGCACGGUCUUGCUCUUCCGGUGAAAACACGGUUUCGAAGAUCAACAAACAAUAUUGACAGUCUAAAAAUAUGGCAGCAAACUACAAGAAAACCACACUCGCUGGAGGUGGUAGAAAAAAGACUGGUCCAAAACCUGAAUUAACAGAAGAACAGAAACAGGAAAUCAGGGAAGCAUUCGAUCUGUUUGAUGCCGAUGGCUCUGGUACCAUUGAUGCAAAAGAACUGAAGGUUGCCAUGAGAGCAUUGGGUUUUGAACCUAAGAGAGAGGAAAUAAAGAAAAUGAUCUCAGAAAUUGAUAAAGAAGGCACAGGAACCAUUGAUUUUAAUGACUUUUUGUCAAUAAUGACCACAAAGAUGAGUGAAAAAGAUGCCAGAGAAGAAAUUCUAAAGGCAUUCAGGUUGUUUGAUGAUGACGAGACAGGAAAAAUCUCCGCCAAAAAUCUCAGACGAGUUGCCAAAGAGCUUGGAGAAAACUUGACAGAUGAAGAGCUUCAGGAAAUGAUAGAUGAGGCAGACAGAGAUGGAGAUGGUGAAAUUAACCAGGAGGAGUUCUUAAGAAUCAUGAAGAAGACCAGUUUAUAUUGAUCUUCCACCUUAACUUUACCCAUAGGACUGUUCUCUUUAAACAACAUGGCAUUUCGGCACUGUGUUGGGUCCAGUGCUUUCAACUGGAGGACACAAAACAGAUUUCCAUCAUCUAUAGGACUUAACAAAUUUAUUGUGAUACAUCAUUUUUGGAUCAAAAAGUUCAUUUUCAUUAUAUUUCCACUCAUGGUUUAAAAUAUUCUGUCACCUUUAAGAUCUUUUUUCAUGAUCAAUAAUUUAUAAUAACAUUCCAGAACAUUGUUUUCUGACGUUAUAGAGUUUGAAACAAGUAUUAUCAUGUUUGUGUAUGAUUAGAAACUGCCAGUUAGGAAGAUAUCCCAGUAUUUAUGUAUGAAGCCCGUAGCCCUGUUAUAUGACUCGUUAGUCUACUGUUGUACUGUUAACUUCGUUUCUUAAUGUUACACUGAAUAUUCUAUGAUGAAUAGGUACAAAUAAAUAAAUUUUAUUGAUCUAUAAUUUAUUAAUUGAUUAAUCAAAUUUGAUAGGAGAUUAAAAUAAGCCUCUAAUGUUUAAAAAAAGUUACGCAGACUCAUAAGCUGCCGUCCACUCUCGGUCUGAUUCCUUUUAGUGUUCAUUCUAAUACCGCUUACCCAUUCUUUUUACCAUUUUUUUAUUAUAUGUAUAUAUGAAAGUGUGCAUAUAUUUAUGGUUUCUUAAGAAAUAAAUUGAGAUCUGAUUGA